AUGACAACCCAUCAUAUUGGUGAAGGAUGGUCGGAAAGGAACAAAGUUCCGACUGUACAAGAAUUCAUCGAAAAAGAACGUUUAAGGAAUAGUGAAUAUUUUGACACACCCGAAGCUUCAGAGAAGAGCUCGUCCGCUGCAAAUGCUGACACCGGUGAAAGUCUAAAUCCGCCAGUGGGUGACGGGCGACCUAGCUCGGAUCUCUCAUACUUGAAGAGUACUUCUAACAAAAAAAUCAAUUCUAAUGAGAGGUCACCUAUGAUCCAACGUCCCACUGAGGAGAAUCCGAGCCACGGCGCAUCUGGGUCCGGAGACUCCCAGGGUCAAAUGCAUGAAAGCGGGCCACAGGACCCGUACAGGCAGGAGGAGUCAUCAUAUGAAGAUUGCUCCAGCGCUUCGAAUGCGCAUGCGCAAGAUGAACAAGAAUCAAUUAAGAGCGGAAGUAAAGAUAAGAGACGCUUUCAUCGGUCCUUGAGCCUUUUGAGCAGAAAAAGUUCACAGAAAUCCAGAAGCCAGGAAUCGCCUGCUCGUGAUAUUGAGCACGAGCAUCCUAAAGAAAGCGAAAAAAGUCGAAAGCACCAAAAAGUUGUUGAUUCGGGUGGUGGCGAAGCUGAAAAGAAUCGUAUUAAAGAAGCAGCCAAAGCAAGUCGCGAGCCCAAAAAAAAUGAUUUUGUUGCCAAAGGUCAGCGUGUCGUGGAAGAUCCGGUCACCAAAGACGAUGUCAUUAUUCAAGAUGGCCGUGAUCCAAAGAUCAAUCCAAUGGAGCUAGACUCACGCUACAAAGGUGGAUUUAGCUCGAAGCGUCCGCUCAACAGUGAUGUGUAUCAUUCCAAGUAUAUCAAUCCGGACCCUGCACGUCCUACAUCCCUCUUACUGCAACGUUUUCCUGAGCCUUUGGAUCCAGGAAAGAUUCGUGAGCUGGAUGACUUAUUUAAUAUGAUGUAUAUCGGUUAUGGCGCAGUGGUCGUUAUGGUCUGGGGCGUCGCCACCGUGGGUCAUGGUUGGGGCAUCUUCGCUGUCCGCUCCUUUUGGCUUGCCUUGGCAGCACUGGCAGGAUUCUCUGGAAUGGGUCUGAUCCGCAACAAAAUUGUCAAUCAAAUGGAGCGCAUCCGUGUGGCUAUGCAUCGCCAGCGUGGUGAAGAAUGCACACCACCGUAUCCGGAAAGUGUGGAAUGGAUGAAUGCGAUCAUUGCUUGCGUAUGGCGACAGCUGAACCCUGAAAUGUUUAUUGCCAUGUUAGAUCAGGUCGAAGACAUCAUGCAAGCAUCGUUGCCUUCGAUGAUCAGUUCGGUCAAGAUAUCUGAUCUGGGUCUAGGCGAGAACCCAUUCCGUGUGAUUGCCAUGCGGGGCUUAGCUGAUUUGAUGACUGAUAGUGUACAUCCCACACAUACUUGGAUCGAGAAGGCUGAUGGUAAGAAGGAGCAAGUCAAUCUUGAUGAACAGGAUCUCGAGAACCUGGAGCAUUCUGAUCCAGAGAUGCGCGAACAAGCCCUCGAAGACCUUGCUGGAGACUUUUUGAACAUGGAAGUGAGCUUUUGCUACGCAGCUAUGCCGGGACAAUCAUCUAAGGAUCGAUCGAAGAACAUUCAUCUGUUAAUUGAGUUCUUUAUCGGUGCAUUUGACUGGCUAGAGAUCCCUCUUCCUGUAUGGGUACAGAUCGAAAGAAUUAUCGGAACAGCUCGUAUCCGCGCACAGAUUAUGAGUGAGCCACCUUUUAUUCGGAACGUAACGUUCUCGCUCAUGGGCGUACCCAAUGUAUCUAUUAGUGCGAUUCCCAUUCUGCGCGUCUUGCCCAAUGUCCUAGAUUUGCCCAUUAUCUCCAACUUUGUCCAAAUGUCCAUUGCAGCUGCCACGGACAUGUAUGUUGCGCCUAAGAGUAUGACCCUGAAUGUGCACCGCAUAUUGGCAGGUGAUGGUGUGAAGAAAGACACGGAUGCUAUCGGCGUCAUUGUGGUCAAUAUUCAUUAUGGCCAGAACUUGAGCUCGCAGGACAUGAACGGGCGCUCGGACCCUUAUUGUGUGCUCAGUUUGGCCAAGUUUGGUCGUCCCAUGUAUUCGACGCGCAUAAUUUUCGAGGACUUGAACCCGGUUUGGGAAGAGACUGCCUUUUUGCUCAUUUCUAAGGAUGACAUUCGCUCUGAUGAAGGCUUGUCGCUUCAGCUUUGGGAUUCGGAUAAACGUUCCGCCGAUGAUAUUGUUGGACGUGUGAAUAUUCCGCUACGUGAUCUUGUUCGUCGUCCUAAUGAGAUGCAGUCGCACAUGUCUGACCUAAUGGGCUUCGAAGAUGCUGAUCAGAUGCAGGGUCAGUUGUGCUGGAGUGUUGGUUUCUAUGAAAAAGCUCAUCUCAAUAAGGACCUCCGCGUCCAGCCAAACAGGGACGCGGCCGAUGACAAGGUUGACAGCGUAGUCAAACGUGAGCCAUCGCCUAUUGACUCUGAACAAGAAGCGCUCACUCUCGACACUCCACCUGAUCCUGAGUACCCUAGUGGUAUACUGAGUGUCAUUGUCAAGUUUGUGGCUGGCCUAGAACGUCGCGAUGUUGAAAAGGGUGUGAAUGACAAGGAUCGUGAGGGCGCAGCGGGACAAGAUGUGGAUGCAAGCUCUUCCAAGCUGCCAUGUGGUUAUUGUGAGCUGAUUUUGAAUGACAAUCUCUUUUACAAGACGCGCGUCAAGCAAUACACAAACAUGCCGUACUUCCAGGCCGGUACGGAAGUGUUCGUGCGCAACUGGACGACAUCGGAACUGCGCAUGAUUGUGCGUGACUCGCGCGUGCGUGAACAUGAUCCUAUUAUGGGUAUCGUUGCACUGCCACUCAAGAAUCUGUUUGAAUCUUCAUCGCAAGUUGAGCAGAUGUUUGCUCUCCAGGAUGGUGUGGGUUAUGGCAAGCUUUCAUGCAGCAUCGUGUUCCGCGCGAUCAAACUGCAGAUUCCUCGCGAGCUCCGUGGCUUCACUACCGUUUCUGUCGACUUGUUGAGCUCUAUUGAUAUCCAGGGUAAUACGCCUGAAUGGACCAAGAAGCUCGAUAAUGUCAAGAUCACGCUCGUGGCUAACAAGUAUGAGCACAAGCUGGGCACGCGAUACAAGCACCUGACAGGUGAAGAUGAGCCUUUGGCCAGUGUUCCUGUAUUUGAUCGCUACUCAACGAACCUUGUCUUUUGCUUUGGGCGCACGCCUGUUACGAGCACCUUGCCAAUCCCUGACUUUUUCCGAGCGGUGGGACUUGCGAUCCUUCCGCUUCGCGAGCUGGAAGAUGGGCAGAUGACCGACGUUGAAUUGCCGAUCCUGGCUGGGCCAGCGCUUCACGCCCUCGAGCGAAACUUUAUCAAUAAGCAGACAAAGGCCACACACAAGUUCGAGGAAGUAGGCGUUCUCUCAGUUCGCGUACGAGUCAACCCAGGUCUUGAUGAUGUUCACAAACAUAUCCUUGCUGGUGCGCGCGACCGUCAUGAGUUUGAAGUUUAUGAGCGUCUGGUUGGUCUGCCGAACCGCGCGGAGGUGAAUUCGCAUGCAAACGAUGACGGCGUGAUCACGCGAUCUGAACGUCGUGAGAUGAAUCGCCUGUUCACGCGCGAGCUUCAUAUGCGCCACCGAGGCAUCAUGGGCUACACGCCUGUGCGUACGGCAGUCUGGGCCAAGGAUGGCUUGAAGAGUCAUGUGUCGAGCCUGGGCCGCUCCAUGUUUGGAAGCAAGGAUCAGCGCGAUCAGUAUAUCAUGUCUGAAGUGGGAGAUUAA